AUGANNCAACAGCUUGAAAUUCUCAUGAGUAAAGUCUCACAGUUGCAAGAGCACCAAAAUGUGUCACAUGCUCAACAUCAAGUGUGUGCAAUUUGUGGUGGAGGGCAUAUAAGUGGCCAAUGUAUGAAGGAAGGCAUGACCCAAGAAGAUGUUAACUACAUGGGUAACCAAAACCGGCCAAACAAUUACAACCAAGGUUGGAGACCCCACCCUAGCAUGGGCCAAGGGCAAGCUGGGCCAUCAAACAGACCACCACAACAACACUACCAACCUCACUCUACUUGUGCUGAAAGAUCCUCUAAGUUAGAAGAAACUCUCCAACAGUUUAUGCAAGUCUCCAUGUCUAAUCAUAAAAGCACUGAAGCAUCCAUUAGAAACUUGGAGAUCCAAAUGGGCCAAAUAGCCAAGAAGUUGGAAGAGAAAUCUGAAAAGGGUUUUGGAGCCAAUACUGAAUCUAACCCGAAGGAAGAAUGCAAAGUCAUAACCACUAGAAGUGGUAAGGUGUUAGUUGAAAAAGAGAGGGAGGAUAGAGAAAAGAAAGUUGAGGAAGUAGAAAAAGAGAAUGGAGAGAAAAACGAAGAGAAUGGAGCUAAAAAGAAAGAGCAAGAGGAGAGAAAAGAAGAGGAUNAGAAAGCACUUCAACAAAUGCUAGCCUAUGCAAAGUUCAUGAAGGAACUCCUCACAAAAAAGAGAAAAUACAUUGAGGAGGAAACUAUUGAAGUGCAAGGCAAUUGUAGUGCCAUUAUUCAAAAGCUUCUUCCCCCAAAAUUCAAAGAUCCAGGUAGUUUCACCAUCCCUUGCACCAUAGGGAAGCUUGCCAUUGGGAAGGCCUUGAUUGACUUGGGAGCUAGUAUCAAUUUGAUGCCCCUUUCCUUAUUCAAGAAGAUUGGAGAGCUAGAACUCAAGCCAACUCGGAUGACUCUUCAAUUGGCCGAUAGAUCUAUCAAAUACCCACAUGGUGUUGUAGAGGAUGUUCUUGUGUAA